CGCUGCCGAAGAGUAACAGACCAGUCUGUUGUCUAUGCAUGGAAGGAGUUGGCGUGCUGGUCACUGGAGUAGAUAUAGAGGAAAAGGGAAGGCUUGAAUCGAUGGUGGAGAGUAUGAGUGGUACAACCCACAAGAGGAUCACGGAAAGUGUAUGUUAUUUUGUUUCAAAAGAUGUGCGUUCAGACAGGUACAAGUGGGCAAACGAUCUGAAGAUACCUACCAUUUCCGUCCAGUGGGUUGAGCAGUGCUGGUCAGAGCAUCGGCUGGUUGCUCAUGAAGAUUUCCGCCUCCCACCCUUCAAGGGUCUUAUCAUCAGUGCCACAGGCGUUUCCCCAGAGCGGCGGAAGGAGAUCGAGGUGCAAACACGUGCCUAUGGGGGAACGUACAGCGCCGACCUCACAAGGACCUGCACACACCUUAUUGCGAACUCUGCCACAGGAAACAAGUACAAGGUAGCGAUAAAAUGGGACGGCAUCAAGGUUGUCAGUUUUCAAUGGUUUGCACAGAGUUUAGUAGCCAAGGGUUGCCUUGAUGAGGAAAAGUUUCCAGUCAGCCCUGGACGUGUUGGUAGCCCUUUGGCUGGAGCAGAGAGGAGCAAGAACUCAUCGCAGCGCUUGUCACUUAACCCACUGGGAACAAUUGUCAGAGAGACGCCAAAUACAGUGCAGAAUCUCUUCGGUGUGGUAAGAGAGGAAGGAGGCAUUGGAGGAGUGUCUAGGGAAGGAAGGGACCAUGGGAGGACCUCUGGAGGAGGGCAAAGAGGGAGGAAGCGAUUGGCGGCAGACAGUGACGACAGGCGGGGAGAGCAGAAGAAAAGGAAGGAGGAGGAUGUGCUCCAAGCGAGCGACACCUAUGGUGACGAUGAUGGGCUGGACAUGGCAGAUGAUAUGUAUCUCAGCGCUUUUCGUGUGCAUCUUGUUGGGUUCAAUAAGGAAGACAUGAUGAAAUGGGUUAACAUGGUCAGAGAUGGAGGUGGAACCCGCUUCAUGGCUUUCAACGACAUGGUGACACAUGUUGUCGUGGGGCAGCCAGCGAAAAGCGAAUGGGAGGCCAUCAGAUCGAGAGCAUUGGCCGGGAGCCUUACUGUUGUCUGGCCAUCCUGGUUGGCGGAGUGCACUAGAAAACGAAUGUCCGUCGACAUCAGAGAAGAGCACCGUGUGCCGCUGAAGUUCCUGACUGGAAGUGCGCUGCCAGUCUGGCAAGGGAGGCGUGAAGAUGGACGAGGUGGGGAGUCAAGUACAAGGUUGACCAGACGGAAUGGGACGGUUGCGGCAAGCUAUCUGUCCGAGGACAGUGGUUCAGGGGCGGGCCGGUCUGCCAUGAGCAGCAUUGAGCAAGGCGAACUGUAUGCAGAAGGAAAGGAGAACGUCGAGCGUCCGCAAGAACUAGGCCGUCAUGCGGAAGGCGCAGGAGUUCACGGAGGGGCGUUUGUGCAGAGAGGGAGGGAAACAGAUGCGUGUGUGCUGGUAGAUGGAAGUCAGGGUGGGCGCUGUGGUACCAGAGGAGGCGGGAACGGGAGAGGAGACAAGAAGAUGGUUAUGGACGACAGUCGAGGAGGGGUGAUGGGUGGGAGAGCACAAAAUGUGCUCUCACGUCAGGGUAGCACAGGACAUGACAAUACCUCUGUGCCUGGUGUACCGAUCAGAGUAGAUGCCAGCAAGGUGGGACCAGCCUCGGGGACAUCCCGUCAAGUAUGUUCGGCAGUAGGCAGAGCGGUAGAGAAGACCGUGGACGAGCCUGUUCCAUCCCCACCAUCCUCCAACUUUCUGUUUGCCAACAUGGUUUUCUUCCUCAAGAAGAUGGACCAGAAAGAGAGCGAUGUUGUUGCGGGUUGGAUCACCAGGAGUGGCGGGAAAUUGGUAGAUAAAGAGGAAGAUCUGAGCAGAAUGAAAGACGUGACAGUUGUUAUGGGACAUGCAGGAUCAGCCGCAGAGAAGGCGAUUGACGGCUCACAUGCUGUCACGAGACACUGGGUUCAAUCCUGCUUAAUGCAUAAAUCCUUAAGGGAUCCAGAUAGUCAUGUCCUGUAUAGACCUCUCAGGUGCUCAGUGCCGCUUCCUGAAUUUGAGAACAGGUUCUUUUGUAUAUCACAAUAUGAUGAUGACGAGCGGCAGUAUGCAAAAUGUAUGGUUAAGGCUCUUGGCGGUAAAUUCAGCGAAAUACUGAAGAACAAGACUACUCACCUCCUAUGUCGAGUUGCAGGGGGAGAGAAGUACCGUGUAGCCCUCACGUUGAAUGCCACCAUUGUCACUCUGGACUGGCUUCUUGCUUGUGUCAAUCAGGACCCUGUGCCUGACCCGAAGGCCUACUAUCCCCCUGAGCCAUCGGCGGCAGACAAAGACCCAUUUCUGACACAAUGCCCAACUCAAGCUGCCAGGUUGGCAGCAGGGAUUGAGAUGCCUUCACAGUUGGAGAAUCCGACUCAAUCAAGACAGUUCUCUAAGUCUGACAUUUCACUGCCGGAGGAAAUUAAUCAAGAGAGAGCAGUGUCGUCAGCUUGCAGAACGUCAGCAGCCUCUGCCUUGCAGCCUGACAUCAAGGCAAACCAUCCUAGUGGAGAGUCAGGGGGUGUUCAAGGAGAGGAAGGAGCUGCAGUGGGAAGAUCUGUGCCUGAUCUUGCCAAAGACGUGCAGGCAGAGCACCGUACGGCGACAGCGCCCCCAAGUGCCGGAGAUGAUGGCCCCGCCAGAGGCACCAGAGGAGGAAGAGGAGGGGGGAAAGGUUCCCUAUCCCACUUAACGACCCAUCGAAAGCCCCCGGCUUCAGUCUCACCAGGAAAGAGGGCUAGGAAGUCGCCAUCGACAAGUAAAGGGGCAGAGCAACAAAGUGCAGCAGCUCAUUUGACUGGAGCACAACCCAGCCACACCAGGGGAAAGAAGCGAACUGCUCAGGAGGAGGAGGAGGCUCAGCGUCCUGCCACAUCCUCUGCCAGGAAACAAGCAAAAACGGGAAACGAGGAGAUAAAUGAUCAUGCACGAGGAGGUGGUGUGGGAGACGAGGACAUGGGAGCACAGUAUCCAGGUGGAUGUGACAUUGCUGACGACAGUGAGUCUCCGUCAGAUGUUGCUGCUGCAAUUGAAGGGCUGCUUGCCCAAACCGCCAAGGUGAAAGGGAGCCAGCAAUCGGUCAGCAUGACUGGCGGCGAAAGAGACUUGCUAAGUGGCCAAACCGCAACAGCAAGUCAAACUAGUCCUCCCCCUGCUGUCCGCAGUGCUCAGACAGAUUUCAAGAGGCCCCAAGGGAACAAAUCCUGGCUGCCAAGGUCGCGUAAUCCGCGAAGAAGCACAAGGCGAGACAAGGAUGCGGCAGAAAAGGAAAAAGUGGAGAAGAGAACUGAGAUGACGGACUCCGAGAAGUUUCAAGAGUCCCAACUUGAUUCCCAGACCAUUGCCUAUGAUGAUGAGCAGGUUGGAAGGGAACAGAUGAUGGAGAGAGCACGCCGUCUCACUCGGAACUCUGUUAUAGAGCAAGCCAUGGGCGCCGGUCCUGGACGAGGGAACGGAGGAAAUUUGCCAAAGCGAGCUGCAUCCCUCCGCGACUUUGGAAGACUUUUCAGAGCUGCCGAGGCAAACAAGUAGAAUGUGCACACAGAGAGAGAGAGAGAGAGAGAGAGAGAGAGAGAGAGAGAGAGAGAGAGAGAGAGAGAGAGAGAGAGAGAGAGAGAGUCUCCUGCUCGUGCCGAGGCAAACAAGUAGGAUGUGGAAGGAGAGAGAGAGAGAGAGAGAGAGAGAGAGAGAGAGAGAGAGAGAGAGAGAGAGAGAGAGAGAGAGAGAGAGUCUCCUGUGCGUUUCUCUUUCAUCCCUGAGACAUGGUAGUCAAGUUAUUUUGUCAAUGGGUGUGUGUGCUCACAUGGGCAGAGAAUUUCUCAAGUGCUGUACCUGUCAGAUAUGCCGCUAUGUAAAGGAGCCAACAGAGGGUGCUACCGUGAUUCAGCAUUCUGUUGUGGAUUCUGGAGAGAGACAGGCAGAUGAGAUAUUCGUGUCGGUUUACAUCUUUUCCGAUUUGAUAAGUGGGAAUUAUAUCCGAAGUCCCCUGUUUACGUUAGAAGCCGCAACUAAUUCUUUAUUUGUUUCUUGCUGCGCGUCUGUUAUAUGGUGUUUAUUGCAGCUUGCACUAGAAAGCGUUGUUGGUGGAGUCUUUUACUCUGUGAUUGUUUCUCUCGACUUUUCUUCAUUGGCUUAUGCUAUACUUGUCG